CACCGGCAACGCCGCAACUCUCAGCGGCUGCGUCUGUAAUAUUUUACGGCGAAUACAGUGCAGCAGAAAGAGAAGUAAGGUGGAGUGGCCACUGACGUGAAGCGAAGCAAAGCAAAGCGGGAAGGUAGACCGGAGAGAAAGCACUUCACUGAAGGUUACUCAUUUGCUACAGAGAUAACCAAAACCCAAUUAGAAGGGGGAAAACAGAGAGAAGAACACGAGGGAUCGUUGCCUUCAUUGCCGUAAUCGACGAUCCCCUGCCGUCUCCGCCGCUUCUUCUCCGAUUGCUUCUUGCAGGUUGCUCUUCUUCUUCUGCUCCGCAAUUCUGCUGUUUGCAGCAACCAGCUCAUAUGGGUCGAGAGAUGGGACUCAGAAAUCUGGGAAGUCAUCUGUGUUUUCUCUGUUCAAUCUCAAAGAGAAGAGUAGAUUUUGGAGCGAGGCUGUUAUACGCAGUGAUUUUGACGAUUUGGAGUCCUCAAACUCUGCCAAAAUGGGGCUAAUGAAUUACACCAAGGCAGGCAAUUCUCUUUAA